GUCUAGAGCGAGAAGAAUAAGAAGAAGAGGGCUUUUCAAGUUUUGGGUGUUUGAAUAAUUCUGAAGAGAAUGGAGAACAAAGUGGAUGAGGUUGUUGCUGUUGAGCUCCCUGCUCCUCCUGCUUGGAAGAAGAAGCACUUCGUACAUUCAAGCAUGUCUAAAGGCAGUUCACUGCUGAGGCUCCUGCCAGUGUGGCAUCAUUUAAGAAGAGCAAGAUGUGCAUGUCCAUACCCUGUUAACAGAGAGGCUGUUGCCGGAACUGGACCCCCGACCAUCAGUUUUUACCCAAGAAGGGAGUUACACCAAGGAAAAAUGAGGUCAUGUUCAUUUCUCCAACUGGGGAGGAGAUAAAUAACAAAAAACAACUGGAGCAGUACCUAAAAUCACAUCCUGGUAACCCUGCAUUGUCUGAGUUUGAUUGGGGCACAGGAGAAACCCCUAGGAGAUCAUCCAGGAUCAUUGAAAAGGUCAAGUCGACUCCACCACCAGAGAAUGAGCCUCCAAAGAAAAGAGGCCGGAAAUCAUCAGGUUCAAAGGACAAUAAAGUGGAUACUACUGAUGCAGAAGAUGGUAUGAAUGACACUGAAAUGAAAGAUGCAGAAGGUGAGAAACAGGUUGAGAAUGGAGGGAAAGCACCUGAAGAAACUGACCAGAUUAAGACCACGGAUACCCAAGCUGAAGAAACUAUCCCAGAGGAUGGUAAGUAUGAGACUCAGAUUGAUGCAACGGAAACUCAAGGUGAAGAGAAAGAUGAAAAGUCAAACGCUGUUGCAUCAGAGGACCAAUCUACUGUGGUAACUUCGGCUACUGAGGUAAGUGAAAAGAACACAGAAAAGGUGUCUCAAGCUGAGGGAGAGGAAGGAAAUGGUUGUACUGACAAGAAUCAGGACAACACAGCUGCUGUGACCACUGAAGAAAAUGGAGCACCAUCUGUGGAGGAAGAUAUCAAAGGGAAACAAGAUGUACCAGAGCUCGAUGGGAAAAGUGGUGCCCCAGCUGAGGAGAAAGUGAAGAUAAAGGAUGGGGAGGUAGUUGAAAAUGGUAAGGCUGGCCAAGUGGUUGAACCUGAUGCUGCUUGAGCUGCUGAAUAUACUGUACUACCUCUCCAGUGAUCUUGUGAAAUGGACUGAUUUACCAUUUACUGUCCUCUCUAUGUUGAACUUUUUGCUCCUAUUUCAGUAGCUCUGGGACUUGUGGAUAAUUUCAGUGUUGAUGUUAGAUUUAAUUGUAUGUAGGGAACCAACCUGUACUCUCUGGUAGAUAGGCCGUACAGGCAGAUUCUGCAGCCUUAUGUUAUGCAGAUGAGCUUAGAAUUAGAACGUAAGAGAUUGCUUAUUGGGUUGGCGUGUUUUAUUUUGUCGUGGACUUCGUCUGUUACUUUGUUAAUGUGACUAAUGUUUAGU